AUGGCACACCCACAGCGCUCUCGGAAAUCCGAUUCAAAGCAUCCUUUGAACUCCGAUGCACAGCAUCCGCGAAGAUCUGAUUUACUUAGACGCCGCCGGUUGGAUGACGACGAGUACUUGGACGUUUUCCAUGAAGAUCAACUUUUCGAUAAGGAUGACGAGGCCCUGAGUAAACCCCUAAAGACGACUACAACUGCGAGGAACCGUGCGCUUGAAAGUGUUCAUCACGUAUCUGGGACAUUCGACUCCGGAUACGGAGGCUCUUCAUCCUCAAACUGGUCACAUCUAGGCAGUAUAUCCGGGAUCUCGUCGCAGUCUGACCAUGUUCUUCGAGAAUCAUCUUGGCGGUAUCAGAGCCCUUGGACAAGGCUUGAUGACCCUCCAUUCCCAGCUUCUGUCGCGGAGUGUGUCCUGGGACCCUCAAAUUUUGAUGUUAUUCACGACACUUCACAUAUUGAGCCAGUGCUCCCGCCUCCCUCUGCAUCCAGCCCAACUCUCUUACCAAGUCGUCACAGUAAAGAAUCAUCCCAACCGCUUGCAGAGGCACAGACUUUCGAGUCUGUUCGCGAAGACUUCGAGGCUAUUCUACGGCAAUCUUCCUCUCGCGAUGCUAGUCCUAGGCUGAGCAUUACUCAAUCGGCUCUUCUUGAAGGCAGCAGCACAAGCCUAGCCCGGGCACUCGAAAGACGCUUUCGAAAAGUAGCAUCAGGUGCUUGGUCAUGGCUCAAUGAGCUUGCCGAAAUGGGCUAUGAUAGUCAAGAGAUGGCUCAACUUCUUAUUGAACAGCAUGAACAAUCACCGCUGCUGCCUUUUGAUCCAUGGACAGGAGAACAUCGACUACCCGACGCCAAAUUUCACACGCAGAACUGCACUCAUUGCCACGCGGAUGUCUUGAGUUCUCCAGGUACUGUCGUUGGCAAAGCUUCGUAUGAACCAGAUGACAUUGUGUUAAAUGAAUUCACUGGUCUACGCAGUGCGCACACAGGUUCCGAGCGGAGUACUCAAAGAAAGCUGUCACAUGACUAUCCCCUCGACCAUGAGCCAGCUAACAUAGUCGAUGGUGCUAUCGAGUGCGACCAUGGCCUUUCCGGGGCCACUGAAAGCGAACAGCGAGUUGCGACACUUUCCAAGCAGUCGCCGGCUGUACUGAUGCUUCAGUCCAUCCAAUCGGUCCAUGACAAGAAUAGCAGCGAUCUGCACAGGGAUACCAUUAAUUCCCCAGGCCAAGCUUAUACUCCAUCCACGGGACCGUCUUUCGUCCAUGAUAAUCAGGAGCGACCGGAGCCAGCUGCCAUGGAUAUUUCGUCUUUACGCCGUGUAGUCGCUUCUCUUUGUGGCCUGGCAGGUAUCGAUCCUCAAAUACUGCCGGAAGUUCGCCUAACAAAUGGUGUUGUUGACUUUGGGCGGUCUCACGUGUCACUCGCUUUCAGUAAAUAUGGCAUAUACGAAGCGUCGUUUGUAAGUACCAUUGCAACAGCCUUGGAGCGGCUUUGUACAGCGAUCUCGAUUGUGCAACAAGCUGGAGGAUGCUGCGAUCGAUUCACAGCACUCUACCUCAGACCCUUGCAGAAUGUACUGGAAUUAUGCACAAUCAGCAUCGAAGAUGUGAUUCGGCUGAAGCAGCAGUUCAAUAUCGAUAUUCGUCGCUCCUCACAAUAUGCCGUGUACGACGAACAAGCAUAUCAGACCAGUGCUGGGAUUGCUCAGCAGAUCCUUAAGCCCCUCGCAGAAUGGGAUUCACGAAGUAUCUAUUAUUCUUCGAUGUUCGGAUUGAGGGAACUCCACACGAUUGCUUUGGUAACUCAGCUCCUCAAUGUUGCAUUCGUUGCUUACCUGCAGGGUCAUUGCGGGAGUCUUGAUCUCUUUUUUCUCGAAGAACAGCUUUCCAGCAUGAAACUUUGCGGUGAGCGCUCAACCGCUUAUCUCGCACACAUAUCUGUCUCUGUCGAGGAGCUUACAUGCUUAAGCUCGAUGCUCGAAGGCAGCUGUGUGAUAGCUUUCGAACUGCGGUUUCCAUGGGACUCCAGAUCUAUUGGACCUUACGACGUGUUGGCUUCUGUGGACGAUCUCAUUGAUACCUGGGGGCCUGGGACCAUGACCCUACAGCCGCAUUGGAGAGAUGAUAAACCGGAACGUGUCGCGUCCCUGGCGUUGAGGGGUGGUAUAAUCACGUGUUGCCCCGGAGAUGAAUACCAUUGGACAAAAUUCGAGGACUUCAGUGAAGAUCUCAUCAAGGAGGGAUGGAACAGGUUCACCAAGAUUCGCAUUGGCGCACACAUCGAUGUGAAUGUCAAUUGCUCCAUGGACGAAGCUAACUACCUAGCCAUCUCCGCGGGCCGCUGGCAGCAACUCGGGACUAGGCCCGCGUUCUGGAGACAUCAGGAAAAACAGAUGGGUCUGCAAGGUGGACAAUACGUGAAUGUGGUGUACAAUUCCACUAUGAACAAGGUGCCGGGCAUAUCACUAAAGGUGCAGCUAAUCGCCAACCUUCAAAAAAGAAUCGAGUACUACGCAUUUCUCAGCGCUUCCUGUGGACUGCAGGUCAGCUUUUGCUCUGGGCUAGCAAGAAGAAUCUCAAUGCGAGAACUCCUUGCUGAUCUAUUACCGAUAUUUAUUCAUCGACAAGCUGCUGUGCCGGAGUCUUGGCAUAAACUUGUCGGCCAUUACGAUGUUAUUCAGAACCUAUCGUCUGACGAUUUUUCUGUCUGCCAGGCUAUGUUCUGCCGUAUGAGUGAAUCUGACCCUGCUUGCUUUGAAAGCUUUUGGAGCUUAGCUUUGGAGCUUGUGAAAUCGUUAGAAUUCACAGGUCUGCAGCCAACAGGCGAUGAUUUCGUGCUUGGAUUCGUGCCCACUGAUGCUAGUGAGCCUCUUUUACAGAUUCCAUUCCGGACCAGGGGGAACAAUCUCUGGCUCAAAGUCCUUCGUGACUCAGAUUCAUGUGCCACUUUUGCUUAUAUAACUCCCAAUUGCCUGCAAAUGGGUGGACACGGGUGCCGCAACCUUACGCAGUCCUGGCAGGGACAGAUACAUUUUCUGCAAACUAACGUGGAGCGGCAACUCACCGGUCUUUCGACCUGUACUGUCCCAGCCGACAAUUGGUAUCUGAAAGACAAGGAAACGCAUUUUUUCCGCGCCAAGGAUGACGACAAGGAAAUUGUCCUUUCUGCCACCGUUGUACGCUCCGCAGCGAUUCCCGAACCACGCCUCCUUGUGAAGGAGAGCAAGAUUCCCCUACAUAUCAUUACCCGGAUGUUCCGUCGUCAAGACCAACGCUACUUGCAGGAGAAGCUUACUGCGAGACAUGGCGCUCAGCGAGCAUUCAUCACCAGUUCAUUGGAGGCCGCGCCUUGGUUCACAUGA